GCGACGUGUGCACGCGACAACUCGCUGCAGCGUUCCGACAACCGUCGCAUUGACUCGCGUUUCAUAUAAUAAUAGCAGUUAUUAUUAUAAUAUUGUUCAAAUAAUAAUAUGGCAACGACGAGUGUGACGAUCGUUGCUGUCGUCGCCGUUUUCUUGUACACGGCCGUCGCUGAGUUCACGACGGAAAACACGACUGAGACAAUCAAGCCAACUUUUACUGUAGAUUACGAAAGAAAUGAGUUCCUAAAAGACGGUCAAGUUUUUCGAUAUGUCUCCGGUUCGUUACACUAUUUUAGAGUUCCUAAACCUUAUUGGAAGGACAGAAUUCAGAAAAUGAAAGCAGCUGGUUUAAAUGCCGUAUCGACUUAUGUAGAAUGGAGUCUACAUGAACCAUAUCCAGGCGUAUAUAACUUUGAUGAUAUAGCCGAUUUGGAGUAUUUUUUGCAAUUAGUUAAAGACGAGGGCAUGUAUUUAUUGCUCAGACCAGGACCAUAUAUUUGCGCCGAAAGAGAUUUUGGUGGAUUUCCAUUUUGGCUAUUGAAUGAGGUGCCCAAAAAACGUUUGAGAACUAAUGAUCCAAGUUAUAAACAUUACAUUACCAAAUGGUUUAGUGUACUCAUGCCUAAAAUUGACCCCUUUUUGUACGGGAAUGGCGGAAAUAUAAUAAUGGUUCAGGUAGAGAAUGAAUAUGGUAGCUACAGUGCCUGCGACCAAGAGUAUAUGUUGUGGUUACGAGAUUUAUAUAAAAGUUACGUUGGAUAUAAAGCUUUAUUAUACACAACCGAUGGAUGUGGAUAUUCUUAUUUUACAUGCGGUGCUAUACCGGACGUCUAUGCAACUGUGGAUUUCGGUGCCUCGACUUAUGAUGUUUCCCAAUGUUUUAAAUAUAUGAGAGCAACACAAAAAAGAGGACCUCUAGUCAACUCCGAGUAUUACGCUGGUUGGUUAUCACAUUGGCGUGAACCAUCGCCAAUCGUCGAUAGUCAUGAAGUUGUGGAAACUAUGAAAAACAUGUUAGCUUUGAAUGCAUCAAUAAAUUUCUAUAUGUUCCACGGAGGUACAAACUUUGGGUUCACUUCUGGUGCCAACAAGUACGAGAAAUUAAAAAAUCCUCAAUUUUUACCUCAGUUAACCUCGUAUGAUUACAAUUCUCCGCUAGACGAAGCUGGAGAUCCAACCGAAAAGUACUUUAAAAUUAAGAAAUUGCUGGAAGAAACUAAUUUUGCAGUAUCAAAUGAAAUAUCACCCGUACCAGCGCCUAAGGGUAAUUACGGAACAUUCAUAAUGCAACCGUUGAUUAGUCUUUUUGAUAAGGCCGCGCAACGGAUUAAACCGGUUGAGAACAAUGUUCCACUUGGGUUCGAAGUCAUGGGCAUAAACACGGGAUUUGUAAUGUACGAAACUAUUUUGACAAACGAACAAAAAGACGUCACAGUUCCUGUAAACCUUACUAUUAGCACAAUUAGAGAUCAAGCGACCAUAUUCUUGGACCAGGUACAAGUAAAUAUCAUACCACGUAACUAUGAAAAUACACCAGUGAGCUUAAAUAUUAAUAGUACAGUUCAAAAGCUAAGUAUUCUAAUUGAAAAUCAAGGGAGGAUAAAUUUCGGAAGCUUUCUGGAAGACAGAAAGGGUAUUUUUGAACCAGUUACAUUGGGUAAUUAUGUAUUAGGACCGUGGAAGAUGAUAGCAUACCCUUUAAACGAAACGUCUUGGUUUUCAACCGUUGAACCACAAAAUUACGCUGUGCUACCAGCAUUUUAUAAAACACAAUUUACAUUACCUGAUAGUUUAACAAAACCUUUGGAUACGUAUUUGGACGUUACUGGUUGGAAAAAGGGCGUUGCUUUUGUGAAUGGAAUAAACAUAGGGCGAUAUUGGCCAUCAGCUGGACCACAAAUAACACUUUAUGUUCCAGCUACAUUUCUUAUUCCACCGCCGGGAUUAAACACCAUUGUCAUGUUGGAACUUGAAGGAGUUCCUAAGAACUUGUCAAUUUCAUUAACUGAUAAACCUAAUAUCUUAGGUCCUAUAAAUAUCUUGUAAGCCAAUCAUUAGCAACGCUGGUUAUACUCGAUAUUUUUUAUUAAUUAAAUUGUGAUUAUUGUAGCUAAAAUUAGUAGUUUUGUUUAUUUUUAUAUCAUUAUUAGUAAUAAUCAACAUUAUCGGCUUUGUGGUUAUUAUGGGAAUAUAUAUAUAUAUAUAUAUAAUAAUUAUAUAUUAUGCAAUUACUACUCAUAUUCUGUGUUAAAUAACAAGUGAUUAUUGUUUUUUAAUUUAAUUUAAUGAAUAUUUUAAAAUGUUCUCAAA